CCUCGAAUGGCGUCACCAACCGACACUCGACAGCCGCCAGUCUUCAUUUUUCUUAGCUAGUGAAACGUUCUUCCUGAGACUGCGAGAAUUCAUUGAAAUCUUCCUUUUUUGUCGCAAUGACCCGACCUGCUAAUCAUGAGGAACUUGUGAUAACGGAAGUUGGACUUGUGCGAUAAUUUCAGAUAACUUAAUGAAUUGAAACUAAGAGACUUCCCGAAAUUGAUCAGUGUGUGAGUCGACCUUAUACAUAAGUCAAAGAAGGAGAAGAAUGUGACUGAUACUAUGGACUGAUGGACAGCAGUAUGUGGCCAAGAUUAAGACGAUCUCGUCGUCUAUCGGUGAUCAUUUUUUUGAUCGUUGUGCUCAUCGGCACACUUCUUACAUGGUCCAGAAGCCGAGAAAAUAAUCAGCAAGAUGAUUUUAUCUCAUUACAAUUACAUAACGAUCAGAAAGAUUAUAUCGAUCAUCGAGGAAUUCACGUGGUUGUUGGUCAUUAUAUAGGGGAUUCUGUAGAUCCGUUGAAAACUCCAAAAAUCACGAAAGAUAUGAUUAACCAAAAUUUAUUCGAUCCACGACCGUUCGAAGGCAAAAAUGGAGAACCUGUAGUAAUACAUCCGAAAGAUUUUUACAAGAUGCAGCAAUUUUAUCAAAUUAAUCGAUUUAAUUUAAUGGCUAGCGAUAGGAUACCUCUGAAUCGGUCUUUACCUGACGUUAGGAAAAAAAAAUGCAUCUCGAGAUACGCAAAUUUAGGUAAAUUGCCGAAAACAUCCAUUAUCAUAGUAUUUCAUAACGAAGCGUGGAGCACUUUGUUAAGAACAGUACAUAGCGUCGUUAAUAGAUCUCCGAGAGAAUUGCUAGAAGAGAUUAUUCUUGUUGAUGAUAACAGCGAAAGAGAAUUCCUGAAGAAUCCUUUAGACGAAUACGUGAAGAAACUGAGCGUGCCCACGAAAGUUGUGCGAUCUAAUGAACGUAUAGGAUUGAUAAAAGCAAGACUCCUGGGAGCGAAUGAUGCUAAGGGUGAAGUUCUCACUUUUCUUGAUGCUCACUGCGAAUGUACGGUUGGAUGGUUGGAACCACUACUUGAAGCAGUUGGUAAAAACGCAACAAGAAUCAUCUCUCCAGUAAUUGACAUUAUAAAUGAUGAUACGUUCAGUUAUACAAGAUCAUUUGAGCUUCAUUGGGGUGCAUUCAACUGGGACUUGCACUUUCGCUGGUUGACUUUGAACGGCCGUCUGUUGAAGGAGAGGCGCGAGAGCAUCGUCGAACCUUUUCGAACGCCCGCUAUGGCAGGUGGGUUAUUUUCAAUGAACAGGGAUUAUUUUUUUCAAUUGGGCAGCUACGACGACCAAAUGCGUAUUUGGGGAGGGGAGAAUUUGGAACUGUCAUUCCGAGCUUGGCAAUGCGGUGGCAGUAUCGAGAUCGCCCCUUGCUCUCAUGUCGGGCAUCUCUUUCGAAAGUCCUCCCCGUAUACCUUCCCGGGCGGCGUCGGUGAUAUUUUAUAUGGCAAUCUCGCCAGAGUUGCCUCUGUAUGGAUGGAUGAAUGGGCGGAGUUCUACUUCAAGUUCAAUCCUGAGGCAGCGAGAUUAAGAUAUAAGCAGCAAAUCCGCUCGAGAUUGGCUUUACGCGAGAAACUGCAGUGCAAAAGUUUCGAAUGGUACUUAGAAAACGUGUGGCCCGAACACUUCUUUCCUAUGGAUGACCGAUUCUUCGGCAGGAUAAUGCAUACUGCAACUGAAAAAUGCCUUAUGCGACCGACCGUGAAAGGUUCUUACGCGCAACCGUCAGGACACGCAGUCCUACACUCGUGUAUACCGCGUUUGGUACUUAGCCAGAUGUUUGUGAUGACUAAAAGCGGAGUGAUAAUGACGGACGAGAGCGUGUGCUUGGAUGCACCGGAACGAGAUAUGCAGCAAAAAAUGCCAAAAGUAAAGAUAAUGGCAUGUAGCGGUCGUGAUAGGCAGAAGUGGCAAUAUGACAAACAAACAAAGGUACUUUUACACGUGCCUUCUGGAAUGUGCCUUCAAGUAACAACGGACGAUGAUACACCCGUAAUAGCGGCUUGCACGAAGAAUGUCGAUCAACAAUGGAUCUUAGAGUCAGUCCCUUGGAACUGAUGAUCACAAUGUCGUCGUGUUAUCGAUAAAGGGAAGAAUGGUAGUGCCUUAAUGAAUUCUUAGACCGGUAUUCAUAGUCAUCUUAUAUUUAAAAUCGUCUUAAGUUCAUCUUCAUGCUGUGUGGCUCAUUUCAUUGGCUGCGAAGCAUCGGAAAAUAAACUUAAGAUUUUUAAAUAUAAGGUCUUAAAUAUAAGAUCUGGCUAUGAACACCGGCCUUAGUCUAUGGCUCGGUUUUUCAUUUUCUAGUUACCUUAUGGUUUAGGCUUAAUCUGAUGAUAAUAUAAAAAUUGUUUUUCUAUUAGUUAAUCAUUAAACUUUAAAAGUUACCACUACAAAACCAUCAGUUUAAUAAUUGAUCAUGAAUAGGAAAACACAAUUUUUGCAUUAUCAUCAGUUUAAAUCGAAACUACAAGUUAACUAGAAAAUGACAAACUGGGCCUAUGAAUAAUAAGAAUAAUAUACAUUCCUAUUGUGCGACAUGCCAAACUUGCGUCCUGAGCGGCAGUUCGCAUGUCUUUCUCAUUUCAGCGGAGGAUUAAUAUUUUUUUACUUUUAUAUUAAGACAAAACCAAGAGCAGCUAUUUUUGCUCUGCCAAGGUUUAAAUUGUACAAUCGAAAGAAAGAAUAACAGAAAGAGUG